UGAGAAACGAGACACACACUUGGCCUCUUAGAGGCAGGGAAAUUCUCCCCAGUGAGUAAAGGUGUUCCUCACCUGCUUGGAGGGUUGACUGCAUGAUAAGGGGAGGGGGUGAUAAGGUGCAUCAUGCCUCAGGGCCUCUGUUCCCCUCCACAGGCUCCCGAGGAGUGGAGGAGGAAGGGGAGGGGCAGGAGAAGGCUAAAGGCAGGCAGCCUCAAAGUCCGCGGUGCCCCAUGGAAAGCGGCUGCCCCCCUGUCCCAUCGCCUGUAGGCAGCCCCCCCUUCAAGACAGACUUUGAGGAGGAAGAGGAGGAAGAGGAGGAAGACGACGCUGAUCUCACCCCAGAGACCUUGGCUGGCUUCACAGACGAGGGGGGCCACACGAGCACAGGUAUGGGGGGGCUUGCCUUUGGGAGCUCCCCAGUCACACACUUCCGCUCGGUGGGGGCCUGGGGCUGCAGUCCCCCCAGCAGCUGCCUGCCUCCAGGAGCCCUCUUCUGAGACUUUGCCGUGGUUUCACUGUCCUUCCUCGUGGCUAUUCAUCUCCAGCCCCUCUUCCUCCUCCUCCUCUUCCUCCUCGCCCGCAGUCCCGAAAAGACCACAAGCCCCACCCUGUGUCCUUUCCCGACAAGCUGCAGGCCCCCGUCCCCACCCGAAGAGCCACAUGAACGUUGCCCUCGUCCACCUCGGGCCGGCCCAAGGGGGUGCAGCGGGCAUCGGGGGCAGGGCCCUGGCUGGGCGUUGGGGCUCUGCGGGGCCCGGGCCUGCUCUGCCCAGCCACAGAGUCAGGCUUCCUUCGAUCCCGGAGGCAGUGGGGCAUGGGGCAGAAGAAGAGUCGCACAUCCAGGCACGCCUCUGACCUGCUGUAUUUUGCGGAGCUGCCUGGGCACAAAGCCCCCACCAUCCUCUGCCCUUGCCCCCCCCUUGGGGGUGCUGGUGGGAAGGCAGCCUCCCCCCCACACCUUCUCAGUCCCAGCUGCUCAUCACUGCCAACUCACAGCUUUGUAGCAAAAGACUAGUUUUUCAUGAUGUCUUUUUCUAAAGAGAAAUAAACUGUUUCUACUGUUG